AUGCUGGGUCAACAACAACAACAACAACAACAGCAGCAACGAUUCAACCAAAAGUCUUCCGAUCGCUGGCUCGAUCGAGAGGAGCGCGACCCCGGAUUCAACAUCAUGUCUCCAACCGGCCGUAACCGUCCCUUCAAGGGCAUCCACAUGCCAAGAAACGUACACUGGGAUGGCCCUCAGGCGAUGAUCGGCAACACCGUCUCAAAUGGAUGGAGCAGGGGCGAAGGUAUCUUUGGCGCUCCGCAAUCCACAGAUGGGAUCUCGUAUGUCUACCACAAGGGUCCUGCUGGUCAAACACCAUUCCCAACACUGAUCGCCAUGCCCGGUUACUUUCCUCAAGGCACUCAGCCACCGACACAGCAGCAGCAAUGUCCCACACAACCCACAGCUCAAUCUAACGGUGGCCCACAACCAUCCAACGCCGGAGCUCAACAGCAGCGUCAACGGCAGCAUCAACACACGACGCCAUACCCAAGUCCUCCUGCUCAUAUCAAUGAAGAUGACAAGGGACUUGAUUUCUGGAAGGGGGCCUAUCCUCGCCAUUCGCCCUCUCACUUGGCGACUGCUGCUGUUACUGCCAUCGGACCUGAUAACUGA